AGGCCGGGCUGCAGCAGAGGACAGCAGUUUGCUCUUGGCAUUCCUGUGGGCCCGGAUUUGGCAGGAGGGUCCCGGGAAGGGACCGAGGAGCGCAAAGGCAGAGACGGCGUACGUGUCGUGCGUGAGUGCGUGGCAGCGGCGCGUGCGCGAAGCCAGCGGGCAGGGUGGCCGGGUCCACGUGCGUCCAUGCCCGCCACUCCCACGGUUUAGAGCCCACGGCUCCAUGACCCGAGACACCCUGGCAUCCGCACCCUGCCCCGAGCGGCCGGCCCCCUUCUCUCGUCGCUCAGUUCCCGCAGCCUCGGCCGGCAGGCACGCAUUGCCAUGGUGACUGUAGGCAACUACUGCGAGGCCGAAGGGCCCGUGGGUCCGGCCUGGGUGAAGGGUGGCCCGAGUCCCUGCUUCUUCUUCACACUUGUGCCCUCAACGCUGAUGGCACUGGGGGCUCUGGCCUUGGUGCUGGCCCUUCCCUGCAAGCGUCGGGAGCGACAGGCUGGUACCGAGGCGCUGAGUUGGGGGGCCGGCCCUUGUAUUGCACCGUACGGGCUGCAGAUGCUUCUGGCCAUACUUCAGGUGGCCCUACCCCUGGCUGGCCUGGUUGGCCGGGUGAGCACUGCCAGAGCGACCCCUCUGCCAGGCUACCUACUGCUGGCUUUCAUACUGGGGACUCUGGCCAGUGCCUGUGGCCUAGCGCUGCUUGUGGUGGAACGGCACCAGGCACAGCAGAAGCUAGCAGUGGGCAUCUGGAUCAAGUUCAGGCACAGCCCGGGUCUCCUGCUCCUCUGGACUGCGGCGUUUGCAGCGGAGAACUUGGCUCUGGUUUCUUGGAACAGCCCACAAUGGUGGUGGGCAAGGGCCGACUUGGGCCAGCAGGUUCAGUUUAGCCUGUGGGUGCUGCGCUAUGUGGUCUCUGGAGGGCUUUUUGUCCUGGGGCUCUGGGCCCCUGGUCUUAGGCCCCAGUCCCACACCUUACAGGUCAAUGGAGAGGAUCAAGAUGUAGAAUGGAGCCAGGUUCAGUCAACAGAGAGGCCACCUCAGUCCACCUGGCGAGACCUAGGCAGGAAGCUCCGCCUGUUGAGUGGCUACCUGUGGCCUCGGGGGAGCCCAGCUCUACAGCUUGUUGUGCUCAUCUGCCUGGGGCUUAUGGGGUUGGACCGGGGACUGAAUGUGUUGGUCCCCAUCUUCUAUAGAGACAUAGUGAACCUGCUGACUGAGAAGGCACCCUGGAGCCCCCUGGCCUGGACCGUUACCACCUAUGUCUUCCUCAAAUUCCUCCAGGGGGGUGGCACUGGCAGUACAGGCUUUGUGAGCAACCUGCGCACAUUUCUAUGGAUCAGGGUGCAGCAGUUCACAUCGCGCCGUGUGGAGCUGCGCCUCUUCUCCCACCUACAUGAGCUCUCACUGCGCUGGCACCUGGGGCGCCGCACAGGGGAGGUGCUGAGGAUCGUGGACCGGGGCACGUCCAGUGUUACAGGGCUGCUCAGCUACCUGGUGUUCAAUAUCAUCCCCACACUGGCUGACAUUGUCAUUGGCAUCAUCUACUUCAGCAUGUUCUUCAAUGCCUGGUUUGGCCUCAUUGUGUUCCUGUGCAUGAGUCUUUACCUUGCCCUGACCAUUGUGGUCACGGAGUGGAGAACGAAAUUUCGACGUGCCAUGAACACACAGGAGAAUGCUACCCGGGCACGAGCUGUGGACUCUUUGCUAAACUUUGAGACGGUGAAGUAUUACAACGCAGAGCGUUAUGAAGUAGACCGCUACCAAGAUGCCAUCAUUAAGUAUCAGGAUUUGGAGUGGAAGUCAAGUGCUUCACUGGUUUUACUAAAUCAGACACAGAACCUGGUGAUUGGACUUGGGCUCCUUGCUGGCUCCCUGCUUUGUGCAUACUUUGUCAGUGAGCAGAAGCUACAGGUUGGAGAUUUUGUGCUGUUUGGCACCUACAUCAUCCAGCUAUACAUGCCCCUCAACUGGUUUGGUACCUACUACAGGAUGAUCCAGACCAACUUUAUUGACAUGGAGAACAUGUUUGACCUGCUGAAGGAGGAGACGGAAGUGAAGGACCUUCCUGGAGCAGGGCCCCUUCACUUUCAGAGGGGCCGGAUUGAGUUUGAGAAUGUGCACUUCAGCUAUGCCGAUGGGAGGGAGACCCUGCAGGAUGUGUCCUUCACUGUGAUGCCUGGACAGACACUGGCCCUGGUGGGCCCAUCUGGGGCAGGGAAGAGCACAAUUUUGCGCCUGCUUUUUCGCUUCUAUGAUAUUAGCUCUGGCUGCAUCCGAAUAGAUGGGCAGGACAUUUCACAGGUAACCCAGAUCUCCCUCCGGUCUCACAUUGGAGUUGUACCCCAGGACACAGUCCUCUUCAAUGACACCAUCGCCAACAAUAUCCGCUAUGGCCGCAUUACAGCAGGGAAUGAUGAGGUGGAGGCUGCAGCUCAGGCCUCAGGCAUCCAUGAUGCCAUUAUGGCCUUUCCUGAAGGGUAUGAGACGCAGGUGGGCGAGCGGGGACUGAAGCUGAGUGGUGGAGAGAAGCAGCGUGUUGCCAUUGCUCGCACCAUUCUUAAGGCUCCAGACAUCAUUCUGCUCGAUGAGGCAACAUCAGCACUGGAUACAACUAAUGAGAGGGCCAUCCAGGCUUCUCUGGCCAAAGUCUGCGCCAACCGCACCACCAUGGUGGUGGCACACAGGCUCUCAACUAUCGUGAAUGCUGAUCAGAUCCUUGUCAUCAAGGAUGGCCACAUUGUGGAGAGAGGACGGCACGAGGCUCUACUGUCCCAAGGAGGGGUUUAUGCUGAUAUGUGGCAGCUGCAGCAGCAGGGUCAGGAAGAAUCCUCCGAAGACACAAAACCCCAAACUGAGGCAUGUUGAUAAAAGUUGUGGCCACUUCUCUCUGAAAGGAUAACUCAGGGGAGUAAGAUGUAUCCCUCUUCCCUGGCAUAUUUCAUCCUGGUCUUGGAGUAUGGUGCUAGCUAAAGGGAGGGAGACCUUACAGAAAAGCACUUUUUGGGGAAAUAAAAAUGUGGACUGUGC